GGACAAGUGAUGUGUCGCAGGACGGUGUGCGACUGCGACAACCCCGGCGCCGACCUCUUCUGCUGCCCCGAGUGCGACCCUCGGCUGAGCAGCCAGUGUCUGCACCAGAACGGCGUUCUGACCUAUGGCAGCGGCGACACCUGGGUGGAGAACUGCCAGCAGUGCCAGUGCCUGCAGGGACAGGUUGACUGCUGGCCGCUGCCGUGCCCGCCCGGCGACUGCGAGUUCACGGUGGUGCCCGACGGCGAGUGCUGCCCCCGAUGCGUCAGCGACCCUUGCCUGGCGGACACCGUCCGCAACGACAUCACCAAGACGUGCACGGACGAGCACGACAUCUCGCGCUUCAGCGGCUCCUCCUGGAUCAAACACGGCACCGAGUGCACCCUCUGCCAGUGCAAGAACGGACACAUCUGUUGCUCAGUGGACCCCAUGUGCCUUUAGUGGCGGCACCUGUACAGCAUUCUCCAUCCAUGUAAAAUACAACCAGAAGAAAAAAUCAACACCACCUCCAUGGCCGCCCUCCAAUAACGUCUCCUCACUGAUCUUGACAGGAAUGUUUGGGCCGCAUGGAGGCGCCCUCAUCUUCCUAUUAUUAUUAUCAUCAUGAGGAACCACAUUAUUAUUGUAAAUGCCAGCAGGAUUGGUCCCAUUCCUAAAAACACUACAAGUGUUUCUUGGUCUUUCUACCCAACAUGAUGAUGAUGGACUUCACCCUUUGUUCACCCGCCCCCAUGACCUUGUAACAUACAAAUAUUAACUGGCAUGACUGUGCUUGAUGUCCAAACUUUGUUUGAUUUUCUUUGCUCAUUUAUUCGAUUGUGAACGAUGAUACUGUUGAUACUUUUACCUUUUAGACUGUGCAGAGACCAGUUAGCGUUCUUUUGCCACACUUACCAGUCGUCAGUAUUAUGUGGUGCUUGGUAGCUUUUUAUUGCACUUUUCCCCCCAACUUUUGUUUCUUUACGAGCUUGUUAUUGUGUAACAGUGAAAUAAAGUAUUUCCAUUUACAUUUAA